AUGGACCGAAGAGAAUUCCAUCUUCAACCCAUGAGCAUCUGUUACAGGAUCUACCAUUUCCUCAUAAAAUCUUUGACUUCACAAGCGUCGAAGACAGUGACUUUAGGCCGUUCUAGACAUGAGAGUUCAAGUUCAACUGCUCUAAGAGGUUCUGAGUCUAGAGCAGAAAAGGAGGUUCAGUCAGAGACACCAAGCGAAGUUGAUGAUGACAAGAAGCUUCCACCAAGUGAAGGUAUUGUAGCAGACUCUAUUUCUUCGGAUGUACAAGAAGCUGAAGAGAAGAAUAACCCGUGCAUGAACGUUGAUAAUAAGAUGGAAGGAAAGAAUGAGGUAUUCACAUUGCCAACGCCAAGCUUAGCCCCAACGCGAUCUAUAAAGAAAACUGUAAGCAUAAAUGAGAACGUGGAAGAGAUUCGGCCGCCUAAGAAGUUGAAGAGGAAGUGGAGCAAGUCCCUCCAAAAAAUAGGUUCUAGGGAUGAAGACGAAGAGUCAAUGCCUCCUCCCCGAUCAAUUCUGAAAGUGAGUUCUGAUCUCAGUGACAAGUCAUACUCCUUUUCUUAA